CCCUUGUAUACAUGAUAAAUGUGUUUGUCAUGUUGAUGAAAAUGCUGGUCAUCGAUUAAGUGAUUAUCCUUGUUUUUCAAAUAAAUUGAAUAAAUAUGAAAAGUAUAUUUUACAAAAAAUUUGUUUUUAAAGUUCUGAAGUUGUCUAUUGUGAUAUACCUACUGUAAAUGGACUAUUCCAUACACAUCUAUUAAAAAUUGUUAUCAUUACAUUAGUUAUUGGUUUAUUAUUAAUUGAUAUUUCUAAUUUUGGUUUAAUUUAG